AUGAAGCACCCUCCAGCUUCCUCCAUAGAGCCAUCCCGUCCCGAGCCAGCCGAGAAAGACGUCCACCAAUCCCGCGACUCCAUCAAGGAUAUCUGGGGUGAGCGAAAUGGCUACAACGCAAACGAAGGUAUCGAAUGGCCUGAACGCAUCGACGAGCGCUGGACCGAGAAACCCGAGAAAUGGGUCCAGUCCGCGUGCGUGUUGUGCUCGAACGGCUGUGGUAUGGAUAUCGGCGUGAAAAGCAACAAGAUCGUUGGUGUGAGGGGACGCGGGUGUGAUCGUGUCAAUAAAGGCCGGUUGGGACCGAAGGGCUUGCACGGCUGGAUUGCGAAUCACUCGAAGGAUCGGUUACUUUACCCUCUCAUUCGCAAGAACGGGAAGUUGGAGCGGAGUUCGUGGGAGGAGGCUAUGAGUCUUAUCGUCGAGAAGACAAAGGCGGUACAGAAGGAGUUGACCUCCCAUGGUAUCGGGUUCUAUACUUCUGGACAGUUGUUCUUGGAGGAGUAUUAUACGCUUGCUGUCAUUGGAAAGGCGGGGUUGGGGACGUUGCAUAUGGAUGGUAAUACGCGACUUUGUACGGCGACUGCGGCGGCGGCUAUGCGCGAGAACUUUGGUUCGGAUGGACAACCGGGUUCGUACACGGAUAUCGAUUACACCGACUGUGUCAUGCUCGUCGGACACAACAUGUCUUCAACCCAAACCGUCUUGUGGUCCCGAAUCCUCGAUCGUCUCGCCGGCCCCAACCCUCCGAAAAUCAUCGUAAUCGACCCCCGCCUCUCCGAAACCGCCAAAAAGGCAACCGUCCACCUCGCCCCGCGCAUCGGCACAAACCUCGCUCUCCUCAACGGCUUGCAAAGGGAGCUAAUCGAGAAUGGAUGGGUCGAUUGGGAGUGGGUCAAUAAACAUACGAUUGGGAUUGAUGAUGUGAGGAAGAUUGUGGGGAAGUGGACGUUGGAGAGGACGAGCGAGGUUACGGGGGUGCCGGUUGAGAAGUUGAGGGAAGCGGCCAGGAUUAUUGGUACUACGCCGAGGUUGUUGUCCACCGCUCUUCAGGGAGUGUAUCAAUCGAACCAAGCUACUGCCUCGGCAUGUGCGAUUAACAACAUCAACCUCCUUCGUGGCAUGAUCGGUAAACCAGGUUGCGGAGUUUACCAAAUGAACGGCCAACCCACCGCCCAAAACAACCGCGAAGCAGGCUGUGAUGGAGAAUAUCCUGGUUUCCGUAACAACAUGAACAAAGACCACAUGCAAGACCUCGCCGAUCACUGGAAUAUCGAUCUCAUUAAACUCCCGCAUUGGAAUCAGCCGACGCAUAUCAUGGAUAUGUUGCAUUUUAUCGAGAUGGGCCAGAUGAAGAUGUUUUGGAUUUCGGGGACGAAUCCGCUCGUGUCGUUGCCGGAUUUGGAAAGGGUGAGGAAGUUGUUGACCAAACCCGACAUGUUCGUUGUCGUGCAAGACUGUUUCAUGACCGAGUCGGCACAAAUCGCGGACGUCGUUUUGCCUGCUGCGAUUUGGGCGGAGAAAACGGGAUGUUUCACGAAUGUCGAUCGUACGGUGCAUUUGUCGCAUCAGGCUAUUGAUCCUCCGGGGGAGUGUAGGUCUGAUUUCGAUAUUUGGUGUGAUUAUGCGAAGAGGAUGGAUUUUAGGGAUAAGAAUGGGGAUAGGUUGGUGCAUUGGAGCAAACCGGAAGAAGCGUUCGAGGCGUGGAAGAAGUGCACCAAAGGACGUCCGUGUGAUUAUACGGCUAUGACGUAUGAGAAGCUCACGGGUGGGAGCGGGAUCCAGUGGCCGUGUAAUGACGAGAACCCGGUUGGGACGGAGAGAUUGUACACCGACGGCGUAUUCCCCACCGAUGUCGACCAUGCGGAGAGUUGGGGCCAUGAUCUACAAACUGGGACACCGGUCAGUUUGAGUGAGUACAAGACGAUGAACCCCGCCGGACGCGCGAUUUUCAAGGGGUGUGAGUAUCGUCCGCAGGAGGAGGUGCAGAACGAAGAGUACCCCUUCCGACUCAGCACGGGUAGGAACGUGUUUAUGUUUCAUACUCGCACCAAGACUGCGCGUGCGAGGCAUUUGAGGGAGGCGGCGCCUGAGCCGUAUAUCCAGCUCAAUGAGGAGGAUGCGAAGGGGCUUGAGAUCGAGGAUGGGGAUAUGUGUCUCGUCACCUCUCGCCGUGGCGCGAUUGAGUUGAAGGCGAAUGUUGGCGACAUGUCGAAGGGACAGGUGUUUGUCCCGUUUCAUUAUGGAUACUGGGAUUCGAGUGAUGGGAGGAGUAGGGCGGCGAAUGAGUUGACGGUCAACGAGUGGGAUUUUGUGAGUAAGCAGCCGACGUUUAAGAGUGGUGCUGUACGCGUUGAAAAGUUCAAGGACAAGGAGGGUGAGGUGAAGAUCCAUGCUCGCGAGCGUCAUUCGGCGGCGAUCCAUAAGGUGGAGAACAAAGAGGAGGAGCAGAAACGUCUGGAACAAGAGGAUCGUGUGAGGCACUUGGAGGAUUUCAUUGGGUUGAUGAUUGAGACGAAUAUCACGUUGGUGGAGUUGUAUGAGAGUUUGAUUGAGAAGCAUCAGACGGAGAAGGAGAUACAGGCUGGGCUGAAGGUGUUGAGGGAUUUCGCGAGAAUGGAUCUGGAUUUGUUGCAGCCUGUUGUGGAGAAGUACGGUUGGAACGAGAAGGACGCUAAAUCCGACUCUGACAUCCUCCGCAAAACUCUCUUCCCACCGUCGCGUACCGGUUCCGGAGUGUUUGACGUCUUGAUGGAUAUGCAGGGACUCUUCGUCUUCCUUGCGAACAUGGAGGGAAUCGUGACGGCGUUGGCACCGGCUGCGAGUGCGUUGUUGGAUCAGGAUUUCGUGGAUGUGGUACAGCAAUUGCAGCAGCAUGUUCGGAGGCAGAGGAGUUGGGCUGCGGAGAAGUUGAAGGUGAAGGGGCCGCAGACGUUGAUUGUGCCCGUGCCGCAGAGUGAGGGGCGUUUGUAA